AUGGAAGUGAAAGCAAGCCCUAACACUAGCUUGAUCUACGUUGUUCAAGUGAUACUGGAGGAGUUCGGGAGAGUCUCUAGGAACGAAAUUCUCGCGAUCCAGGACUAUCCAAGGAGAGGCAUCUAUGAUGUUACCUUUGAAGGAGAAGGUGUUUUUCACAGCUUUGUGAGUAUUCUGGAGGAAAAUCCGGCUGAUCCGCGGUUAAGCGGAUUUAAAGUGUUUCCGCAUUUUGCAGAAGAGGAGAUCUUAUUGGUGGUUAAAACGUAUUCACCAUUUGUGCCUCUUAAAGAGAUUGAAAUGGUUCUGGGUAGGUACUGUAAAAAGUUGACCUUCGGAGGUAAGAUUUUGAAUGAGCUGGGAAUAUGGACCUCAAAAUAUAGGUUCAAAGCCGUUCUUGGGAAAAAAGGUAUGUACCCACCAGCGAGGUUUCAACUGGGAACUGUUAACAUUGAUUGUUUUUUCAGUGGAAUGCCGGAUUUCUGUAGAAGAUGCAAACAGUAUGGACAUCUGGCAGAUGGAUGUGUCCUAUGCCAGAACUGUGGUAAGACUGGUCAUGAAUUUAAAAGUUGCCCUUUACCAAGGAAAUGUAACUUUUGUUUUCAAGGAGGACACUUGUAUGCAGCUUGCCCAGAGAGGAAAGCUAAACCUGAGGAGGUUGAUGUGGCCGUGGGUAAGUCUUCUAUUCAGGUUGAGUUGGCUCCUAAGCCCCACGAUGAAGAGGAGAUUGUAAGUCAAGCAUCACAGAGUGAGCUUAAAGUUAAAAGAGCAAAAGAAAAGAAAGAGAAAAAAAGGAAAAAAGAGGGUGCAGACGUAAGCUCUUCAGCAGAAUCUGUUGAUUAUGUGCCUGUUGAAACUCCUACUAGAGGAGAAAAGCUCUAUCAGUAUUAUAAAGAUAAGUCGGAUGACAUACUUCAAGAGGCUUUGAGUACUUGGCCGAAUGAGGAGGAGCUUCAAGAUAUAGUAGAAGAAUGUAUCACAGGUCGACCAGCAAGGGAAGUAAGAAGGUUGUUGCUAGGAUACUUUAGAGGUUUAACGUAAUUUU